AUGAACGACUACAGGGCGCUGCUUCUGCGUCCAUUGGUUGAAGCUGCUCCUCAUGAUGACGGCAACAGACGCGAGGAAGUUUCUGUUGCGCGACCGCGAGGCCUGCGCAACAUCUGGGCCAGUGAUGUGCAGCAAGAGUCCAAUAUGUUCCUCGUUACCUAUGCGACAUCCCUCGAAGAUAUCGCGGGGUUUUACUUCUAUGCAGCGGCAACGAAGAGCAAAGAUGAACCAGGACGCAAGUUACUGCUGGUACCGAAUGUCAACCGAGCGGCGUAUUGGCAAUCCCUCAUUGCAGAGAUCGACGCACGCGAAGCGCAGCAUCCAGAACUGACCAUUGUUACGCCUGAGGGACUGAGCACGCCGCUCAUCGCUCAUACGAGCUUGCUGCUCGUUGAUGGUGUCCACCUUGUGCUUGGCUUGCACGGAGACAGCUCUGAGCAUUGCGCGGCUGGUGCCUCUGCCCGAAACCUCUCCGAAACAGUGGAGUUCGCAGAUGCGAUCACCAGAUUGUUGUUCUAUCAUCCAGGGAAGCUACGUGUUUUCGCACAGAUGGCCGGUCCUAGUUCAGCGCGAGCUCAAACAGAACUAGUCCCAUUGCUCGCUCAGUGGUUGCGAUGUUCAUCGGUGCGUCACAUUAUUCCACAGACAACGACCCCGGAACCGAGCGCCGCUUUGGAGCGUGGUGCCCAUCACUGGCCCUACACGAUCAUACCAUUUGCGGUCCCGGUGGAGCACCAGCUCGAUCAUGUGAUCGACCAGCGACGAGAAUACCUUUACGAGGUGCUGGAGGCGCACACAGGCGUGUUUGAUGGGAAGGAGCAGGCGCUCGUCUUGUGCCCAACCAAACGAUCCACAGAGCGCACCCUUGCCGCCCUGGCGAGUAGGCUCGCACCUCAGGGCGCAGCAUGCACUGCUCCAGUGCCGUCUCUGAUUCUCAGUAACGUCCCUGAAGACUCUCGCAUUAAACUGGAGACGCUGGGGUCGCUCCUGCGCAACACCGAAGCACAGCGACGAGCUCUCCUCGGUAUUGGUACGCUGGAGCCAGAUGCUGGCGACGAGGAAAGCAGCGCGUGGUCCAGCGCGUCGAAACCCGCAGCUCACAGCGAUCGCGUGCUUCUGCAAGAGCUGUUCCGCAGUGGCGCACUCCGCAUCGCCGCAAUGGCCAUUCGGAGCGUACGCGGCCGCAACGACAAACCUGAAGGCCCCGAUGUUGCAGCGAGCGCCGGCCGAGGUGCGCGGAAAUCGCCGUCAACAUCGAUGCAGUGUGCGGAUACGGCGCAUGCGGUCCAACCAUUCGCUACAAUCGAAUACAUAACACGAAUUUUGGAUGAAAUGCACCGGUCUAAGCAUGCGGUUGUUGUGGUGCUCAAGACCACGCACUGGUCGGGGUACCAUGGCGAGCCAAAAUCUUUCCAAGCGUCAGUGCUGCGGGCGCUCUCCCGCUGCAUCUUUCGUGUCGCUGUCGAGCCGACUGGCGUCCUCGACAGAACGCGGCACUCGCAGGCUGCAAUCAUGCACGUUACGUGUCAAGCUCUGCAUCGCUUGAUGGUUUUCACGAGCCAAAGAAGCGCCCCCUGGGUCUACUUGCAUGCGACCGGAAGGCUCUUCACCGGGGAUAACCUCCCGGUAGGUGAACGCGCCGCUGAACAUGAGGUAGACACCUCAGCCUGGUGGAUACAGCACGUCGCCAGGACGGCUAGCCAAGGCUUGAGCUUUCGCUUGCUCCGCGAAAUGAACUGCUGUGGAACACCACUGGUCGACGAAGCAGCAGCAGCAGAGUGGAUGCGAUACACGCUUCACGCCGCCCUGAUGCAUAGAGGGCAACGUACGGAGCAGGCCUCUAGACGCGGUCCCGAUGCCCAUGCGCGGGCCCUUGUCCGGCUGUUGGAGAACGCGGGUUGCAUCCAAAUGAGCGCUCCGGCGAGAACUUAUGCCCUGACCAUGCUCGGCCUGGCCGCUCUCAAAUACCAGAUCAGCCCUGAGUCCAUUCUCGGCUUCAUUCGUAGCGCGUAUGGCAAACCUCGUUGUCUCGGUACAUUCUCCUCAGACAACGCCGCGGAACAUCGUCACUGCAUCGGGAUCGCCGCACCGCGGCCAACUGCACGAAUCGUCUUCGAUCCGCAUCGCCAUCAGCCACGAUGUCGAGCUGUCAUCGAACUCCUCUAUUACGUAUGCCAUGCAGGUGCAGAGCGUGAGCUCCGGGAUGCUGAUAUGGUACUGCACCAGAUCAGAGAUCGAGGUCUUCGGCCAGAGCAAGCCAUUCCUUUCACACUCCAUGAAAUGAAUCCGGCGCGCCUGCAAAAGGGCGAAGCGGUCUUUCUCGUUGUUCAGCUCUGGAUGGCUACAGCUGAGCCACCGCAUGCGAGAACGAUCUUUGAGGCCGUUCUCGCCAUGGUGCAUUGCCUCUGCGCCGCGAUCAGCGAGCGCCCUGCGCUCUAUCGCCAAAGCAUCAUCGCGACGCUCGCUUCGUGGAUGGAAAAGUUUCGCAACGGUGCUCAUCACUGGGUGCGCGCUCCGAGUGAUACGCCUCGAGCGCUUUUGGAGCAGUGCCUGAUCGCAUGGACCAGGUACACUCACGCACCGAAAGAUGCUGAUGCCCGUUGA